UACACUGACCUUAGGGUGAGUUACAGGCCACAUACACACUGCAGCUAAAUUCGGUUGUCCACCUAACUGAACGAAAAGAGAUGCAAAUGAAAAGUUUGUAAUUAGUAAUACCAUUAUUAAAGACAGUAACUGUGAAUGAAACAUUUAUAUAGCAUACACUUAUGUUGUAUAGUAAAAAAAGGAUUUGUGAUUUUGUGUAUUGUACUAACACAAUUGAAAAUAUGUUGAAAUGUUUUAAAAAGUGCACUUUUGAUUAUCUGUUGUGAUAUUACACUGUAAAAUCUAACAGUUGUUUGUUUGCAUCAAAUAGUUGUAGGCUACCACGAGUUUCGAAAAUUUACCAACUGCUUGUGAAAAUUGCACCAAAGCAAUUAAAAAACUAGCUGGCUCUGGGCAGGCAGAAUAUGGUGCGUCCUGUUUGCACGUUGUCUGAGUCCAUGCCCACUGCACGUGGCUCAAGUUACUGUAAAGACCGCCUUCGAUCCACCCAAAGAACAGCCGCUGUGCCUUUUUUUCUUUUACAUCUGGGAGGCGCGGGUGGAAUAGGCUUCAUAGCAGCAGCGAUCUUUGCGGUGGCCAGUGUCAAGACAAUGCUGUUUGUAGGCAUAUUUUUUAUUUUCUUUGUAAAGUCUUCGGGAUCUAACGAUUGCUCUGCAAUUCAGGAAAUAUCAUGCGACAGCCUGCGCUCGUCCAAGGGGUUCACAUACACCGUGCCAUCAAACAUCACAUGCUUUAGUUGCAACGAACAAGGAUGGUACUUUCAGAAUGGGACCUUUAUUGUCGAUUCAACCCCGAAUGCCGGUGGGAAAUGGUCAGAAAUUGUCGUGGAUGUGUCGCCUCAGAACCUGACAGUUAGUGUCUGCGAGAACCUGCAAUGGCAACUUAACUGCGGCACGUGUAUGUAUACUAUCAAUUUUACCGUUACAUAUUUGAAACAUUCACCACCACAUGACCCCAAAGAGGAACAAGAUGGCAACCAUAAUGACAACGCAGGUUUACCUCCAUUGGGAAUUCUUUUAGGGAUAAUUGGUGCUGGUGCAUUUAUCGCUUUAUUUUCCAUUUUGUUUUGCUCUUUCAGAAAAAGAAAAGGGGCAGAUUGCUGCAGUAUCUCAAAAGAUGGUGUGAUAUAGUGGUCAAUGCUUUGUGCCUUCAAGCAAAUCACCACAGCUUUCUCCAAAGAGACUGACCCUAUAAUACAUGUUCUGUGAGUCACAUUGUAAAAAGUGUUAAAUGACCAAAAUUCUUUUUUCCACUCAUUAAUUUCUUGUAUAAUUUUCACAAAUAUAUUGUUUUAGUAGCUUUUAUAAUCUCAUCUAUAUAGAUUGCAUUUGUAGGGCUUUGUGUUUUCUUUUAAUCCAAAUGUAAAAUUAAAAGGAUAGUCCACCCUAUAAUGAAAAUAAGUCACAAUUUACUCACCCUGCUGUUGUUCUAAUGCUGCAUGCCCUUCUCGCACUUAUAAUGGAAGUAAACAGUGACCGGGGUCAAGCUUUUGAACAAAGACGCAACACAACAGUAUCACAGAAUGGUCCCAUGCGACGUGUCAUAUAUUAACUUAUGGUCCGGUUUCACAGUCAGGGCUUAGAUAAAGCCAGGAUUAAUCCUUAGUUCACUUAGGACAUUCAAGUAGCUUAUAAACAUGCCUUAGAAAAAACAUCACUGGAGAUCAACAUCUUGAGACAAAGCAAUGGCACUGACUUAUUUUAAGAUGUCAGUUCAAGUUGCUUGCAGUUAAAACAGCUCAAACAUGCAUUUUAGUCUGGGACUAGGUUUAAGCCUUAUCUGUGAAACUGGGGGUAAGAGUUCUUGGAGUAUGCUAUAGGAUUUAGUGAAAAUCAAACCAAAAUGCAAUGUAUUAUUUUGACUUUGGCUGUUGGUCUUCCGUGCUUGGCUGCACGUUCAUGAGACUCUGUAAGCGCCACAGUUCACAUAUACUUGCACCCGAAAUCAAGAUUAAUAAAAACACGUCAUGAAAUACAAUCCAUGUACUUUCAACAUGGAGGUUAAUAUAACUGUUGUGUUUGUUGCAUUUACAUCUGUAACUGUCAUUCUGACUGCCAUCAAACUGUUCCGAUCUGGAGAGAUUUAACUUAUUGAAGAAAGUACAUGGAUACUUUUUUGGGAUUUCUAAGCAUUGUAUUUCAUGUUGUGUUUCAAUCUUUAUUUCUCACGUGUGUUUUUAAUGGGCGAGUCAGAGUGAACUGUGGUGCUAAUAGAGUCUCACAGAAAACCAACGGCCAAGGUCAGGAUUUUCAUUAAAUAAUACAUUAAAUUUCAUAUUGUAUACCCCCUGAAAACGUAGAAUUUAUGACAUAUGUCGCAUGGGACCAUUCUCUGAUACUUUUGUGUCUUUUUUAAAAAGCUUGAUGCUGGUUGCUAUUCGCUGCCAUUAUAUGGAUGAGUGGACAUACGUGGGACAUUUUUUAAAAAUUCUCCUUUUGUGGUCCGAAAAAGAAAGAAAAGCAUACUGCAUUAGAACAACAGCAGUGUGAGUAAAUGAUGCCCUAAUUUUCAUUUUAGGAUGAACUAUCCCUUUAACUCUGUCCUGUGCAACAAAGGCUAUACCGUAGAGGCACUGACACUAAAAUUAAGAAAAAAUUGCAUUAUCUAAAACAAAUUUUGAUAAUAAUGUUGAAGUAGCUUUUAAAUAGCUCUAUGUCAUAUAAAUACUAUACCAAGGGCGCGCAGUCCUUAUAAGCUUUGAAUGCUCUGCAUACACAAGCAAUUUGAGAGAAUGAGUUUGUGGACUUGCUAAUUAAUAUUAACACUAUAAAUUACUAUAAAAUCUUUUUAACAUUUGAGGUGUAACAUGAAGCUGACAUUAUAAAAUGUUGGUAAUACAUAUGGGGGAGGGGGUAAACAGCAUACCUGUUUAAAGAAGUCACCAUCGCUCACCACUGAUAUAUUCUAUCCCCCGGUUUCACAGACAAGGCUUAAGCCUAUAGUCCCAGACUAAACUUUUUAUAAAACUCAUAAACUGUAUGUAGCAUGGCACACAGUCAUAAUCCAAAUUAUUAUACAAUAAUAAUCCAAGUUCUCUCUGACAGUAUUUAAGUCACUGAAGAUUUUCUCAUAGGUGGUCCUUCUUUUCUGUGGUUGGGAACAGACAGCUUUCUGUGUCUCCAUUGGUAGUAGUUGCAUCACACUGUUCAUUUGCAUAAGUUUUUCCACCUGAAAUAACAAUCUCAAUGAAAAUGAAUGAUGUCUGUUUGUUUUGUCAGUGUAAACCUGUGAAGUAACUGUACUACCAGGGAAAGUAUUUGAAUUGUGGCUGUGAAAGCAAAGUGCAACGAAAUGCUUUGCCAGUGAGUACAGACAUCUUAUGCAUUAUUAAUUGAAUUUAAUCUGCUAGAAGGCACUUAACUCAUUGUCAGCCCCUAAACAGCAUAUUAGUACCUUAAGAGCUAGAUCAAGUGAAGAUGUACUUUAGAGGCUACUGCUGUUGUUUUUUUGUUUUGUUUUUUUCUGAAAGGGAACUAUCGUACAGUAUACAGUACUGUCUGUAUACAAAAUGAAUCAAAAUGGUUAUGUUGCUGUGUGCCAAGCUAUAUCUGUGUGCCAAGCUAUAUCUAUAUACUUACUAUAUAUACUCAUUAUAUUGGGUACUAUUGAGUUGUCACUUUGUUUUACAGUACAUGCACUUAUGUAUAUUUACAGUGUACUUACCUAAGAAAGUACUGUAAUAUUAGGUAACUACAUGGGUUAAGAUUGGGUUUAGGGGUAGGUUCAGGGUUAUAGUUAUUACCCAGUUAUAGCAAUUACUACAAAUAAGUACACAUGUACAUGGGGAGCUGGACUGUAAAACAAGUGCUAAGAAUUUGACUAAACACCAUAACUGAAAGGAUGAUGUUACACUUUGUAAUUUUAUUUGUAAUAACGUGAUAUUGAUCAAUAACUGUAAAAGUUUAGUGUCAGCUGCCAUUGUGUUGUGAGAUGAAAUUUGCACUUCUAAGACAAUUAUGCAAAAUGUAUCACAUUUCUGUCAUCACUUGUAAACAUUAUACUUAUCUUGAAUGUGCAUUUUUACAUAUUUUAGUGUAAUGUAGUAUAUCUUUCAUAUAUUUAGUUUUGCCUUUGCUAUCCAGUUGAUUUAUUAAAGGGAUUUCUGUUAAUAAAAUCUGAUAAGACCUUCCAUACCUUGUGAAGUUCCUUCCUUGGUUUUCCAUUUUAAAACUUUAAAGUUUUCCUUUCUUUUGAAGUGCUGAGAAAUGCAGAAAUUCUAAAUGCCUUACACUGCAGUCCACCUAUCUUUUUUCUGAUUUGGUUAUUUAAAAUAUAUCUGGGUAAAAUAUAUCAGCGGCGUCUUAAUCCUGG